GUCUUAGGUUCGAAAAGUGAAUAUCAUUUUAUUAAUCAUGCUGUGCCACAUGCAAGAUCGAGAAGAAGUAUUACACACGCUCGAAAACUCAAAAAAGAUCCACAGGUCGUUUACGCCGUUCAGCAAGUCGGAUUCAAACGAGAAAAAAGAGGAUUUAAACCUUUGAAAGUUGAAAAUUUAGUUCAGUUCAUGAGACCGCAAGAUGAUCCCACGGAUCCGUAUUUUCAAUUUCAAUGGUAUUUGAAAAACACGGGGCAAAAUGGUGGAAAACCCAAAUUGGAUUUAAACGUCGCAUCGGCUUGGGCACAGGGAAUAACGGGGAAAAACGUUACGACCGCCAUCAUGGACGACGGUGUGGAUUAUAUGCAUGCGGAUCUUAAACACAAUUAUAAUGCGAGAGCGAGUUACGAUUUUAGCAGCAACGAUCCAUAUCCGUAUCCGAGAUACACGGAUGAUUGGUUUAACAGUCAUGGAACGAGAUGCGCUGGAGAAGUUGCUGCGGCAAGAGACAACGGAGUUUGUGGAGUCGGAGUUGCUUACGAUUCCAAAAUAGCAGGGAUCAGAAUGUUAGAUCAACCUUACAUGACGGAUUUGAUUGAGGCGAAUUCGAUGGGUCACGAACCCAAUUUAAUCGACAUAUACAGUGCAUCUUGGGGUCCGACGGAUGAUGGUAAAACCGUCGACGGACCCAGAAAUGCGACAAUGAGAGCCAUAGUGCGAGGAGUGAACGAGGGUCGAAACGGUUUGGGUAACAUAUACGUGUGGGCAAGCGGAGACGGCGGAGAAGACGACGAUUGCAAUUGCGACGGAUAUGCAGCGAGCAUGUGGACGAUAUCCAUAAACAGCGCGAUAAACGACGGUCAGAACGCUCAUUACGACGAAAGUUGUUCUUCGACCCUCGCGUCGACAUUUAGCAACGGAGCCAAAGAUCCGAACACGGGAGUGGCAACGACGGAUUUGUACGGAAAAUGCACGACGACACAUUCUGGAACUUCCGCGGCCGCUCCGGAAGCUGCUGGAGUAUUCGCACUGGCAUUAGAAGCAAAUCCCGCUCUUACAUGGAGAGACAUACAACAUCUCACGGUUUUAACGUCGAAGAGAAAUUCACUGUUCGAUGCCAAAGGAAGAUUUCACUGGACCAUGAACGGAGUGGGUUUGGAAUUUAAUCAUUUAUUCGGAUUCGGUGUUUUAGACGCUGGAGCUAUGGUGGCACUUGCCAAACAGUGGCAAAUGGUGCCGGCGAGAUAUCACUGCGAAGCCGGAAAUUUAAUCGGAGCUUACGAAAUACACAGCAGUCGUUCACUUCGGUUAAAAAUUAAAACGACAGCUUGCCUGGGAAGUGACACGCAAGUAUCGUACCUGGAACACGUACAAGCAGUCAUCACGUUGAACGCUUCGAGACGAGGAGACGUUGAAAUGUUUCUAACAUCGCCCAUGGGAACAAGGUCCAUGAUCCUGAGCAAGAGGAGCAAAGAUGACGAUCAUCGUGACGGUUUCAUAAAAUGGCCGUUUAUGACGACACACAGCUGGGGAGAAUAUCCGCAAGGGACUUGGAUACUCGAGGUAAAUUUCAAUUCCGAAUCUCCUCAAAUAGGAUUCCUUAAAGAAUGGACACUCAUGUUACACGGAACGAGAGAGCCCCCCUAUUCAGGUUUAAAAGUAUCCGAUUCGCAUUCGAAAUUGGCCAUUGUUAAAAAAGCUCACGAGGAAAAUCGGAAAAUGUAA